CCAGGUGGCACUCGCAUUCCUUUGCGUUGCAACUGUGGAGAAUCGACGGGCAUUUUCUCCAAUCACGGACGCUAUUCAAGCUAUCGCCUCAAGGAUUGAAGCACCGAAGGAAGAUCGUGCCCAAAUGCUACAGAUGUAUCAAUCUGGUGUGAAAUUAUUGUCCAUGCCACCAGGCAUGUGGAUAGUACUUGGUGACCUCAAAAUUGACUCAUAUAUUCGCAAACUGACCGGUGUAACUUCGUUUCUUUUUCAAGAAUACGUUCGCAAGUAUCAUCAAGAAUGGAAAGAUCUCGACAAAGUUGCUGUAGCAACUCUCAAAAAGUUCUUCCCUAUGAUACCUGGCCUCGGCAGCCACUACUCGGAUUACUACGAGCUGGGACUUGAUCAAGACGUGGAUGUUAUCCUUAAUAGCUCAGAGAAUAGACAGGCUCAUGAUGUUCAAGAUCAUACGCCCCUAAUAGAACUUGAAGAUGCCGCUUCCGCGAUCUCAACAGAAGAUCCGGUGGCCCAGAGUCCUUGCAGCAUCGCUCAUGGCCUUGAAGCGUCAUUGAUGCCCAGCUUUGGAAGCGAAUUGAUGGGUGUAUCGCCGGCGGAUCGCGAGCUUGCAAAACAGUGCCAUCAAACUUACUACAAUACCACUGAAGUGUCAGCCCCUGAAGUGUCAGCCCCUGAAGUUUCAUCAAGACCAAGCCAACUGGACAGACCCAUGGACGAUACCGCCAGCAUCGACUUGAAUGCUUGCCUUCUCGAGAAUGAAGAUUCUCGGGGUGAUCAAACGAUAGGGACAAGUAGGUACCAGGACCAAGGCGAAGGUGCCUAUCGCCAAAAUUCAGCAGGAGAGCGUCCGAGACCUCAACUCACACCCAUAGAACAAGGCAAUGGUCGAAGCUCCUUCAUAAUCUAUGGGAAAUCUGACACUGGUGACCAUUCUUUGAGCACAGCGAGUCCCUCGAGUUCGGGUGAGCAAUUUACUGCUUCCGAUCUUGAGAUCGGCUCUGACGCUGCUGGGCAAGGAAUGGCCGAUCAUGUUAUGCAAUCUUGUACUGCAACGAGGCUGCCCAAUAGGUCAGCUGCAGACGACGCGGCAACGACACGUGCAGCUCCGGCAAUGCUUUCUCCAGCAGGUCGAUCACCAGAUGUCAGCUUGGCCAAGAAACAUAGAAAACCGCCCUGGAUUAUUGAGGCAUGUUCACGAGGAGCAAAGCGACAGAAAACAAUUGCAAAUGGCAGCUUCUGGUCACCACCAGCCCUCACGACGCCGACUCGCGACAUUUGUAUUCCGUCUUUACAAGAUUCAGGCCAGGCCACCAGUGUUGGCUCAGACUCAUGCAUUUCGGUCGACCACACUUCUAUGGAUGAUGAAACGUUGAGCCCACGCCCCUCUACGGUGAUGCCGGACAGGCAAAGGCAGAGAUAUACUCUGUCGAUUUCUCCCUCUGUGAUUGAACACCACGAAGGGCAGACAGCCCGAGUGGGUAGAGAAGGUGGCGAGGAUAGCUCGUCGACUUUCCGGGCUGAGAACGGGGGAAAAGUCACUUCUGAAAUCAGUAGCGAAUGCAGAAGUCGAACGGGCUCCUUUAGCCCUUCAAGCUCAUCUGUUCCGCAAUCACCUACGACGUCUCACAAGGGUGCAUCUGCGCACGACCCAAAUCCCGGUACCAGAAGCGAUAUGGGCGCCGGUGUGAUAAAGCUGAGAACAAGUGAUGGCCGCGCCAACACUGCGACAGCGUCGCCUCGAAUCACCGUUCCUAACACGAAGGGAAACUCCGAUACAGUUUCACCGGUUCAUAUUGGCAGAGACCCAUCAGCUAUGUCUGAAUUGAACUCUUCAAGCAUCCAUGAUACCAUGAUAUGUAUGGAAGGUGAACCUGGCAAAGACACGGCGGUGUGUCAACUGCAGGCUGACGAUAGGCCCUGGUCAAGGCAGAAGGAGCAACACAACAUGCGCCUCCAGUCUAACCCGGAAUCUGCAACGCAGACCAGCUAUCCAGAGGCAGAACCUGGUUCGAUUUCUGUGAUCCGGCGAGAUUCAAGUGAAAGUAAGUAUUGAUGUGUUCGAUGCGCUCAGCAUAAACGAAGAGCAUCCCUUCAGCGCACAUGCCUACGAUACCAACCCUGCCGUGAAUGUAUUCCCACAG